AUGGCUGAUCCAUACGCUAACCAAUACCCUCCUCCCGUGGCAGAGAUGCACAAUGGCAAGACCCAUGAUCAGUAUGGGCAAUCGUACGUUGGUCAUCAGCCUCCUCAUUCGCACCAAGAUGACUCUUCCUACUAUACAAGUCCAGCACCCGUAUAUCAACAAUCACCUAUGAACGCUGGACAUGCUGUACCGAUGCAAGAGCCUUAUUAUGCAGAUCCUGGUUAUCAUCAGCCUGCUGUUGUCGAUCAAUACCACACGCCAUCCCCGCAGCAUCAUCAUCGACCCGCCCCUGCUCAUGAUGAUGGAUACUAUCAAAAUGCUCAAUAUUAUGAAGAACCCGAGUAUGCAACAUCACCCAAGGCUCCAAUGAUGCAAAAGAAUGGUGGAGUUGGGCCUACAAUUGCACCCGAGAAUGAAGCUGAAUCAUACCGACCAAAGACUUAUAAGCGACAUGAAGAUAGUGGUGGAUGCAACUGCUGCUGUUACAACCCUGCCAUGACAUGCUGCUCGUGUUUUUGUAUGCUUAUUAGCUUGGCGUUCUUAGCAGCUGGUAUUGCACUUAUUGUGGCGGCCCAAGUGAUUCAAGGCAAAUGCGUGGAUAAAUGUGGCGAACUACCUGAACAGUUGAGCGAUGCUGCAGAAACAUGUGGCACGAUUUGUGGCAAGGUGGUGCACGACGGCAUGUUCUAUUCAGGCAUUGGUGUCACAGCCCUAGCUGGUCUAGCGGUUGUGUGGCGAUUGGUCAUGUGGACUUGUGCUGGAUGCUCAAAGCAUUAA